AUGGAUGCCCAGUACCCCUUCGCCUCCCGUGACGAUAUCUGGCGCGUCUUUGAUCAGCUUAAGGAGCUGCAUGGAGAACAGCUUGAGCAGGGUGUGAGGAUUGCCAAACUCGAGAGAAGGCGCGAGGAGGAUGCGAAGCUGAAGAGUGUCUGGAAUGGUCCUCUCUCGCCGUAUCCUAUUCCCAUUGGCGGUCCUAUUCCAACAGAUCCUAGCUUCAACUCCCCUCCCGAGCAUUUCAAGGGCUUUGACCAGGAACCUCCCCACGCCAUGACUGGCUCCUCGAUGGGCGGUCUUGAUGGAGAGUAUGAGCCGCGCCGGGGUGCCUCGCGUGCUAAUAGCGUCCGCUUCGAUGAGAGCGCCAACCACGGAUACAUCGGGCAAGCCAAUCGGUCCAGUACGGAACUUCCGCUGCGCACUGGCAGUGGCUUGGGUAGUCACCCAUUGACUGAGCGCUCUCUAUCUCACCGCUCAGAUGCUCGACUGAGCUCCUCGGCAGUGUCGGUGCAUUCUACCCGGACCAACAGCUUGCGCCUCGACACCAGUAGCCGGGUGAUCAACUCUUCUUUCAGCGCGUCGCCCCUCACUCCACCUCCGGGCCUGUUCCUGCUUGGCCCCGUUCCUUCCAUCAUCCGGUGCUGGCUGACAACCGACUACACCAAUGACUCCCUCCUCUACGCGGCACUUUGCUCGGGCUCUUUCGUCUCGUCCCUCGGAUCCUCCAUGAUCCGCAAGCUUGACCUGGAGGACCAGGUAGUUCGCGACGCAGAUGGGCGUUCUUCCAUUAAGCUGGUUCUCUACCUCCCCGAAGCCAGCAUCUACCACGCUUCGUCGCACUCUACCAGUCCCACCCCGCAGCUUCCGGCCCUGACCGUCCGCUUCCUGGUACGAGAGACAACCCCAGAGGAUGAGACUAUUCAGAUUAUCCUGGGCAGCGACCUGAUGCGGUCUCACAAUGCGGAUAUCCUGUUCUCCCAGGAUAAGGUGAUUAUGUGUGACGAUGACCGCAACCGUGUUUUCGUUCCCCUCGUGCGCCCCGAGAAGGACUGGGUCUACAAGUUCCUGCAUACCGCUCCGAACACCGCCCACCCCCAGUUCCCUCAAAAGUCCCUCGUCACCGACACCGUCGGGGUGAUCGGUGAGCCCGCCUGCAGUGCGCAGAGGUCCACUUCUGCGCCUGUCUCUGCCCGUGCGUCCGUUGGAGAAGUAGACGCCGCGAAGAAGCCGCGCCUACAGGAGACCGACGCCAGCGUGGCGGCCACUGGGGGAGCCGUGGUGGCCCGCGCCGCGAACCACGAAUUGCCGGCCAAGCCGGAGAGUGCGGCUGCCUGGGGAACCUGGCGCCGCCAGCCCAAGCCCGAGCCGAGCGAGAACAAGGCCAAACCUCGCUCGAUGACUGUUCUCAAGCCCUCGAAGAUGGCGGGCCGGAGCUCUGGCCUGGCGACUUCAUCUACUGUUGUCCCUGGCCAAGUUCUGGUUCGUUCAUCUUCCGCCGGCUCGGGUAAGGGCUCGGGUGCAAACACCUUUGGCGGUGGCUCGGCUUUCCCUUGGCUGAAGGUAGGCACUGAGGCCAAGGGCGAUAAGAAGUGA